UGUCUAAAUUUUGUGAUGUGAUUUGUAGGUAAUCUACGAGAUUCGUUUCACCAGUAUUAUUUUUCUGACCCAAUACUAUCACAUUCACGAACUAAGCGUCUGGCGAGACUACGCUCUAAAAUAAAUAAAGGUUUUAAGCAGGUGCAAAGCGCCUAGUUUAGAGUUCGAGUUCAUUACCACCGGACACAGAUUUCCCUCAAAGAUGGCUCGUGGACAGCAGAAGAUCCAGUCUCAGGCGAAGGCGGCGGAGAAGUUGUCUAAACUGAAGAAACAGCAGGGCCACAGCGCCACGGACCAGAAGAAGGCCGCGCAAAAGGCUCUCGUACAUGUCUGUGUGCUUUGCAAGGCGCAGAUGCCAGACCCCAAAACCUACAAGCAGCACUUCGAAAACAAGCACCCCAAGAACGAGCUCCCCGAAGACCUAAAGGCCAUCUAACACUGCAUUUCUCAGCAUUUAGUUUUAAAGCACUUAUUUAAUUCUUAAGAUUUGUAAAAAAAUAUUUGUUACCGUCUAGACUUCAUUCAUCUUUGUUCCAACUGUACUGUACUAUGUACGUGACUCGAGCCAAGCCCCCCAGCUCCCGGCUAGAAUAAAUUAUACAAUCUUUUUUA